GAGAGAAAGAAGGAGACAGGACAGAUUUUGUCUAUCUCUUGACCUGGAAAUGCUUCUCCAAUAUGGGGGUAGAAGAAGGAGAAGCAGGAGAAAUACACAGACAAAAUGAAAUAAAAAAGGGGUCCCAUCUUCAAUCAAGAAUGAAAAAUAUUCGAGAAAAUACUUUCUUUCCUUCUUUUUUUUUUUCCCUCCAGUUUUUAGCAGCAGCACUUCAUUUCUCUGUCUCUUCUCUUUAUUAAGCAGAACCCAGAGCACUGUUUAGAAAAUUAAGGGGGAAGGAGAAAAGAAAAAAGCAGAAGGGGUUUUGGGUUGUGAUUGAUUGGGUUUAUUGAACUGAUUUCUGGUGACGUUUUCUGAAUUGGGUUUUUGGUCCUGUGGUUGUUAUUGAUUGGUUUUUGUCGUGGGCUGUCCCCACUUUAGAGCUCAUAGUUCGAUAUAAUAUUGGUAAAAAUCAAAUCUUUCUGCCUGAUAGAGGAGUACAUAUAUACUGCUCUGUACCUCUCAGCUGUUAAAAGCUGAGGCUGUGGAUAUUGGUUUUUUUUUUAAGUGGAUUUUUGGAUUUUAUGUAAGCAUAAUUGGAUAUUGAAGUUUAUUGAGUUGUAUCAGUUUUCUUGAGGUAAGGAAAAAUGGCUUCUGGGAUGGAAAUUGAUGAAGAACAUGAAACUAAAGGUAGCAUGUGGGUUCUGGACCAGAAACUUGAUCAGCCUAUGGAUGAGGAGGCUGGAAGAUUGCGGAAUAUGUAUAGAGAGAAGAAAUUCUCGUCAAUUCUGCUAUUGCGGCUCGCAUUUCAGAGUUUGGGAGUAGUGUAUGGAGACCUGGGAACAUCUCCCUUAUAUGUUUUCUAUAACACUUUUCCAAAGAAAAUAGAUGAUCCUGAGGAUGUUAUCGGCGCACUUUCAUUGAUCAUAUAUUCACUCACACUUAUCCCGCUCCUCAAAUACGUUUUCAUCGUCUGUAGAGCGAAUGACAAUGGUCAAGGUGGAACUUUUGCUCUUUACUCAUUGCUCUGCCGACAUGCAAAGGUGAAAACAAUUCCCAACCAGCACCGUACUGAUGAGGAGCUCACGACUUAUAGCCGCAGUACAUUUAAUGAGAAUUCAUUUGCUGAAAAAACAAAAAAAUGGUUGGAGGCACAAGACUUAAGAAAAAAUGCGCUUCUCUUACUAGUGCUUGCCGGCACUUGCAUGGUUAUUGGGGAUGGUAUUCUCACUCCGGCUAUAUCAGUUCUUUCAGCUUCAGGUGGAAUCAAGGUGAAUAAUCCGAAGAUGGAAAAUGGUAUGGUUGUGCUGGUCGCUGUUGUAAUAUUGGUAGGUUUAUUCAGUAUGCAGCAUUAUGGUACAGAUAAGGUUGGCUGGCUAUUUGCUCCAAUUGUGCUGCUCUGGUUUCUCUUGAUUGGAGGCAUUGGCAUCUUUAACAUAUGGAAGUAUGAUAGUUCUGUUUUGAGGGCCUUCUCACCUGUUCACAUCUAUCGGUACUUUAGAAGGCAAAAAAGAGAUGGAUGGAGCUCACUUGGUGGAAUUAUGCUCAGUAUUACAGGCACAGAAGCACUUUUUGCUGAUCUUGCCCAUUUUCCAGUUUCAGCUAUACAGCUCGCUUUUACAGUAGUAGUAUUUCCUUGCCUUCUUUUAGCCUAUUCUGGACAAGCAGCCUACCUCAUGCAAAAUACAGAUCACGUUGUUGAUGUAUUCUAUCGCUCUAUACCAGAGAGCAUAUACUGGCCCACAUUUAUCAUUGCAACUUUAGCUGCUGUUGUUGCUAGUCAAGCCACCAUAUCUGCAUCAUUUUCCUUAAUCAAGCAGGCUGUUGCUCUUGGAUGUUUCCCGCGAGUAAAGGUUGUGCAUACAUCAAAGAACUUUCUUGGACAGGUAUACAUUCCUGAUAUGAAUUGGAUCCUUAUGAUCCUUUGCAUUGCUGUGACUGUUGGAUUCAAGAAUCAAAGCCAGAUUGGCAAUGCUUAUGGGACAGCUGUUGUGAUAGUCAUGCUAACAACCACACUGCUGAUGAUGCUAAUAAUGCUGUUAGUUUGGCACUGCCACUGGAUUCUUGUACUAAUUUUCACCAUCCUAUCUCUGGUGGUUGAGGGUACCUACUUCUCUGCUGUAAUCUUGAAGGUUGAUCAAGGUGGCUGGGUUCCACUGGUGAUUGCUGGAGCUUUUCUUGGCAUCAUGGUUGUCUGGCAUUACGGUACUGUCAAACGUUAUGAAUUUGAGAUGCACAGUAAGGUCUCUAUGGCAUGGGUUCUUGGCCUUGGUCCCAGCCUAGGACUGGUGCGCGUGCCUGGCAUAGGACUGGUAUACACUGAGCUGGCAAGUGGAGUUCCACGCAUAUUUUCACACUUCAUAACAAACUUACCUGCUAUACAUUCAGCAGUUGUGUUUGUCUGCGUGAAGUACCUCCCAGUCUACACGGUACCGGAAGAUGAACGUUUUCUUGUCAAACGGAUCGGACCAAAGAGCUUUCACAUGUUCCGCUGCGUUGCUAGAUAUGGUUACAAGGACCUUCACAGGAAGGAUGAUGAUUUUGAGAAAAAGCUAUUUGACAACCUCUUUCUGUUUGUUCGGCUCGAGUCCAUGAUGGAAGGAUGCUCAGACUCAGACGAGUACAGCCUAUAUGGACAGCAGACUCAGCAGUCGAGAGAUUUUCUAUUGAAGGAUAAUCUGAAUACAUCUACAUCUGUUGCUGACCUCACUAUAUCAUCCGUUGACUCCAUUGUACCCAUCAAAUCUCCAUUGAAUGCAACUCCCACCGUGUCAUCAGGGCCAGAAAGCAGCCAAACCGAAGUAGACGAGUUGGAGUUCUUGAAUAGUUGUAGAGAAGCUGGUGUGGUGCACAUACUUGGGAACACGAUCGUUAGAGCAAGAAGGGAUUCUAGGUUCUAUAAGAAAAUUGCUAUAGAUUAUGUGUAUGCGUUUCUCAGGAAGAUAUGCAGGGAAAACAGUGCUAUAUUUAACGUUCCUCAUGAGAGCCUACUGAACGUUGGACAAAUAUUCUAUGUAUGAAUUUUUGUUUUGAUCAAAAUGGUCAUAGAAAUGUAUAUAAUUCUUGGUCUUUGUUUGGCUUA